UUAAGAGAUUUAAAUCUGAACUUAAUGUAAUCAUUUCAAUCRUUUAUUCAUUUUUAUAAAGCGAUUCUUUUCAAAUAAUCCGAAAUAAUAUUAAUAUUAUUAUUUAUUUAGAGUUUGAUCGCACCUUGAACGUAUCUAUAAAAUCGAACUUUCGUAUAACGUGUAGACUGUAAUAAAAAUGGAUAAACCGAGUGUAUACAACUUCGGUACCGACGACGAUUCAGUUCCAUCAAUAGAACAAUCCGUUGACAUAACUGAAGAUGUUCCACCGACUGUUGUUCAACGAUACUUUGAAUCUCGUUACGCAACAAACGUCAACGACAAACCUAACCAAGACUACAGCGUGUUAAUUCAUUCCAACAAUCUGUGCAUCUUGUCGUUGGCAUCCACGCAUGUUUUAAUGGGCAAAACCAUAAAAAAAAUAGAUUUCCAGGUGUCAGAGAACACUGAUCGCCUCAGCAACAUUAUGACAGGAAAAGGAAAACGAGGAGCUCAAAUUGUGCAGGCAGGGUCAACUCUAUGUAAGGUUUAUUGUUCGGACGGCGAAGAACACAAAAUACUAUCAGCCGUACCAGGCAAAUUGGUGCAAAUGAACAGCAAACUAGCAGAAACCCCAAAUAUCAUGUUGAACAAACCAGAUGAUGUUGGUUUUAUCGCAAUAGUGUUACCACAAAAACAAAGGUUUGAAAAAAUCAGAGACGGACUCAUGACUAAAGAACAAUACACAACUAGAAAUUCCACGGUUUGACAUGAAUUAUAUUUUUUUUUUUUUUUUUAAUGUGUACUAUUAUUUAAUAAAUAAAUAAAUUUCUUGAACAUACCUGUAACUAAGGAUUGUAAUUUAAAUUUAA